CUCAUGUAAAUUGUCAAAUAAUUAUUUUAAUCUUUUCUUUUGUUUCUUUUUUUAUUAUUUUAUUUUAUUCUAUUUUAUUUUAAUUAAUGAAUUAAUUAUAUUUACUCUUCUAAAAGGUGGAUAAACAGAAAAUCAUUCCAAAAAUGAAUCCACAAAGAUCAAUGCAACAACUUGUACAACAACAGCAGUCACAAAUUCAACCACAAAUCCAACCACAACUUCAACCGCAACUUCAACAAUUCCAUCCACAGCAAUUACAACAACAACACCAGCAGCAGCUGAAUCAUCAUUCAUCUCAUCUACUUCUACCCCAACCUCAAUAUCAAUCACAAUAUCAAUUAGCACCACAAUUUCAACAGCCUUUCCCCCAACAAUACACUCAACUUAACCAGCAACAUUUAUUACAUUCCCAACCCCAAUUACCACAAUCACAACCACAAUCCCAACCACAAGCACCACAAAUGGUUCAAGCAUCGUCAUCAAUCGAGGAGGCUAAAAGAUUUUUACAAAGCACAAACGCUUGGUGUGACAAUGAUACUCCUCCCCAACCACCCCCGAGAAGACGAUUCACUUUUAACAAUCAUGUUUCACCCAUGAAUAAAUUUCCACCAACCAGGGAACAACAACAAUCAGUUUUCUAUUUGUGUAAUAACACUGAGACAAAGCCUACAGUUAAUCCUUUAUAUCCAAAUGGUCAACACGAUAAAUUAAAGGAGAUCCACGAAUUAGCCUUUAAAAGUCCUGGUCGAGUGAAGGAACAUGCACAAAAAUUGAACAAAAUGGUUUCCGAAAGUGAACUUAAACCUCCAAUGCCUGUUACUAUUAACUCUUCACCCACUCCGGUAAUUAAGACAACCGGAAGAACCAAAUGUCCGAGUAGAGAGGAAGACAAUGAUUCGGCUUCCGUUCAACCGUUUGAUCCUCUAAGGAGGAAAUGGAUGUUGACAACAUCUAAUUGUGAUUACACCGAGAUGGUUUCCCUGUUGAAAAAAGAUGCCACUCUCGCUGGAUUAAAGGAUUUCACCUCAGGGGUAAGUGUCAAUACAAAUUUGCGUUUGUCAAUCAAUUUGGCAACAAUUAACUUUAAUCUUUUUUCACAUCGUAUCGUCGUCAUCCUAAAUUGCUCAUUGAUGGUUUUUUUAGUAUACGGCUUUACAUUGGGCAGCUAAAUUUGGAAAACCUGA